CUAAGUAUCACAGAAGAGUUUUGUUCGCCUGUCAUCCUGUUUACAAUGUGCUUGAACUCAAAACUUAAGAUACUACUAUAAACGAGAUAAGCAUUACUACGAAGUGUAUUGAGUCUACAGAGAAGUUAGAUCGUGUAUUCUACCAAGGUCAUAGGAGAACAUCUUAUGGUACUCGAUCCCAAGCUGGUUCCUUCCUCUUCUCUCUGUUACCAUGGCUACGGAGCUUUGUCUCCGUUCAGUGACAGUUACCGGAACCCACUAAUGAAGAUGUAUAGCCAUCAUAAUUUAGGUUCUCCAAAGCAGGCAACAGUUUGCCCUGACCCUUUAAACCUUGUGCCUUUACCACGUUCCAUCCAUUCAUUUCCAGUGAACUUAUCUCCUCCGUGCGAUAUGGACAUGCCUUUUGAUCUUUCCAAACAUAAAAACAGAGUUCCCGCCGAAGAUCGACCUGAAUUUCGCUCUAGAGUACAGGAAGACGACGAGCCACUCGACCUUCGGGUCUCGCACAAAAAGAUGCCUCGUCUAGAGGACCAUACUCCACACAAGCCACACAUUUAUGACCAUACAAAUAGCCAAUUUACGUCAAAGAACAGGCCAGGAACCCACAAGGACGAUGCUUCGUCCUCAGGACUCCAAAUGAUAUACCCUCGCCCUCUCCACCCACUGUUUCUGGAAUCGAUGUACAGAAUCGAACAAGACAAGCCGGCUUUCCCAAUUUUUGGGCCCCCUGAACAAGUGACGACUUCCUUAGACUCUAGACACCGUUUUUUAGGCGGUUUUUAUAAUAACCGAUCCUCGUCUUUUAACUUUGUACAGGCGCAGAUUGAAAAACUUGGAAAACCGAUACACAACAUCUUAACCCCAAAUUUCAGUAAAUCCAAGGAAAGAUAUUCUUGCAAGUUUUGCGGUAAAGUGUUCCCCCGCUCUGCCAAUCUCACCCGACAUCUUAGAACCCACACAGGAGAACAACCAUACAAAUGUAAAUAUUGCGAAAGAUCGUUUAGUAUUUCUUCCAACCUUCAACGCCAUGUCCGAAACAUCCACAACAAAGAGAAGCCGUUCAAAUGCUCGCUGUGUGAUCGUAGCUUUGGUCAACAGACUAACCUGGAUCGACAUUUGAAGAAACACGAGUCAGAUGGACCGACUAUUCUCGACGACUCUCCGAAACAAGUCGAAGUCAGAGAUGGGACAGAGACAUAUUUUGAUGAGAUUCGGAAUUUUAUCGGCAAAGUUACCGAUUCUCUGCCCACCGAUGCUCAGAAACCUUUUAACUCUGCCUUGGACUCUAAUUUUCCUAUCACUGACCAACUUGAGAGGAGACAAUUACUAACUUCAAGCAAAAAGUCUCCUCAGCAGAAGAUACCAGUUAUUCAAAAUUAUGAUGAUAAUAAUCAAGACAGUUCAAAGUAUGAAAUCCCCACAGAAGAAGAUGAUUAUAGUAAGCCUGCUUCAAAUGGAAAAUUAUCUGAAUACGAAUCUAACUCUGAUGUAAACAGUGAUAUGUCCUCAAGAAAUGCUACGAGUAUCUUCGAAACUGACUGUCAUACUGUACAUGGACAAGGUGUAUCUGUUUCCCAUGCAAUUGAAGAACCUUCCCAGAAUGGUGGCAGUUGUGAAGAGGAAACACAUAUAGAACAUGUUAAUGGUGAUGACAAGGAUUGACAUUGCUCAAGCCCUAAAUAACCUUCCCUGCUCAUCUGUCUGGUAGCCAUAAAGACUAGUCAGAAAAACACAUCAGUUUGCUCGAAGAAUCUAACCAACAGAAAGUUAUUUUACCGUUUUCUGUUCAAAUGUGGCAUUUAAAAAAGAAUAACAUUGGUAGCAGCUUUAACCUAGAAUUCUAGUCAAAUCUACUUCGAACGACACACACACAUAUGCAUGAAAAUAUUAAAAACGAGAACUGAUUAAAAAUUUGACACAAUUAAAUUAUCUUUAUAGCUCAAUGAAAUAAAUGUAAGAUAAAUAUCUAGGGGUACUAUCAGGACUUACUCCUAGUGACAACAUUGUUAACUUCGUAUACGCUGAUUAUAUAAUAAGUGAUUUUUUUAGAACUGUAACAAAAACCAACAACAGCAACAAACAAUCAAAUUACAAAUAUCCAUUCUUUUAGUGACAAACUUGUGUAAUUCUGAACCUUUCCGAGCCCAAGUCAUGUGCAGAUUCAAUUUAUUGCAACAUACGAAUACGUACGUUACGAAAAUAUCUGCGUCACUAAAAUUACUCUUAAAGACUCUUGUUGGCACACAACUAAUUUUCCUUCCAUCCUAAGUGUAAACAAUAAACAAUUAUUGACUGUUUACGAGGGCAACAAAUGGGCUGUUGCUUGAGAAAUCAGUCAAUACUUGUUUGAUUCUGCCCUUCAUCUCUUCUACUUUCAGUUUUAUUAAAAUCUGAUUAACUAACGCUAUUACAUUUAAUAUUUAGACAACAUCACCGGGCCUACAUGAAAGCCUUAGAGUUUAACAUUUCAUUGAAGAUUUUCAUCUCAUUUAAAGAAUCAAUAAUACAUACUUAAAAUUUGUAAAUUAUUUAAUUUUGAAAAUAUAACAGCCCAUUAUCAUGUGAUCAUAACAAUAAAUGUAUAAAGUAUACACCUGUCAAAUAUCAGCGCAAAGUUUGCUAUUGAAUGCUGGCGAUAUUUUUGAAUUUGUUUAUAAAUUAGGCUUAAAUGAAUCACUGUGUUGCAAAAAUUGUCGUCUGCAAAGUUCUGCUACGACGCUGCAUACAUGGCGACGGCCUUAACAACCGAAAAACACUGAUGCCCAGCUUUCAAAGCAACAUUGAAAAAUGUUUCAGCCAAUCACGGCAAAAAAUUCAUGCUUGGGUACAAUAAUAACACGUGUUCAACUAAAGUUCUUCUUUUCUUGUCUCUGAAAUAGUUUUUUUUACUGGAAAUCUCUAUCUAAUGUUUAAUAUAUAUGAUUCGCGUGCUUACAGAUAGAAUAUCAGUAAUGGGCUGUAAUAAUUCCAACCACAGUUGAAUUACCAAUGAAAAUGAAAACAUUUCGACGAAAAGAGUAGAUUUGAUUUAUUUAUUGUUCUAUUGUUAUCACAUGUUAGUGUUUAGUUAAUAAAACAUUUCUUUCACAAUGAACAGAGAACGGUUGUUUCAGAAAUUUUCUAACCUCGGAUAUCAGAGGAGUAGAGUGCGGUGCUACCUGAGACAGUUAUCGGUCACAGACUUCCAUAGAUCAGAUCAGGAAAGACAAUCUUUAUAAACAAGGUCCUUGUUCAUCGUCCAUACUGAGAGCAGACCAUGACUUAAUUUAAUUCGAACAUGACUAUUAAUGUCUUUAAUUUGUGUUAAAACAAAAGACAUGUAUUCGGGUGAAAACCUGUUUGUUUUCAAGCACUAAGACACACCUUACAUUGAAAAUUUGUUUUUCUUUAGGAACCAAAACACAUCUUAGGUUGGUAAUGUGUUUGUGUUAAGGUACACCCAAAAGUGUCUUAAGGACGAUAAUCUGUUUUAAGUGUUAUGAUGUAACCUUAGGUGGUGAUCUAUUUGUGCUAAGAUAUUAUGAUGUCUCUUCAGGUGGUGAUCUAUUUGUAUUAAGGUACUAUGAUGUACCUUCAUAUGGUGAUCUAUUUGUGUAUGGUGAUCUAUUUGUGUUGAUGUAUCUUUAGGUGGUGAUCUGUCUGUAAAAUUAUACAAGAAAUCUUUCACUGGAUGAUUUUCUAUAGUAAUGAAAGCUAAAGAGGGUAAUCAGAAUAAAUCAGUUCGGUAGUACAAAAUAUAGCCUGAAAUUCUAAGAGAACAAGGCUGAGUUUUGUAGAAUAUUUUUGCUAAUCAUAUGUUAUUUUUAAACUUAAGAAAACUUGAA